AUGCCUCAUCGCUGCGCUUUUGGAUGUAAAAACACCAACAGUGGUGUGGUGAUGCAUAUGUUUCCAAAUCCAAAAAGAUUUCCUGAGCACUUCCAUGCAUGGGUAAGUCUUCUCGGAGGAAAGUUUGGAAGAUUAUCAGAUCAUGAAAUCUACUUAAGAAAGAGGAUUUGUGAUAUACAUUUCACUGAUGCACAUAAAAAUCGGUAUAAGCGCCUCAAUGCAUUAGCAAUGCCAACAUUGUAUCUACCAGGUAACAUCGGCAAAAUCACCAAAAUAGCUAAUAGUGGUAUUAGUGGUUCUGAACCUGCCAUUCCAGCUGUGAUACCUCCACUUCAUGAUACAAAUACAGGUGAACCAAACCACAUACCAUCGACAGCAGCUGUAUUGUCAGAACACAAUUACAGUGCUAUAAGCAGAACCAGUAGGAAUAUGUUGUCUAAAGCUGUGCCGCUUAACUAUCAAUGCAUGCAGAUGAAACCACUUCAUUAUAAGAUGAAAAUCAUGCGUAAUAAGAUAUGUUGUUUGCGAAAAAAAGUACAAUGUUUUAAGGAAAGAUUUGCUGCUACUCAAAAACUGUGCAACAAUGUGGCUUUCAGACAUGUCACAAAAAAUAUGACAAAAGCGGCACAACUUUUUGCUCACAUGCAGCUACAGAGCACCAAGAAGCCCAAAGGUAGACGGUUUUCUAUGGAAGAGAAAGUUUUGUCAGCAUCACUUUUUAAAAAAAGUCCAAAGUGCUAUAGACUUCUGUGCAAAUAUUUCGCUCUCCCAUCAUCAAAGUCCAUGAAACGUCUACUUGGCCAAAUUAAAUUAACUCCAGGAAUAAACAAAAUAAUUUUUAAAAAAAUUAAAGAAACUGUACGAGAAAAAGAGGUGAGCGAUCGGCUCUGCACGCUCAUCUUUGAUGAAAUGUCAAUUACUCCACAAAUAAUGUAUAAUGCGCAGAAAGAUACACUUGAAGGUUUUGCUUCAAAUAAAGAAUCUGCAUUUGCUGAUCACGUCCUAGUGUUCAUGGUCAAGGGAGUUAUAAGUAAUUUUAAGCAGCCAGUAGCAUAUUACUUUACUAAUAGUUUAAAUAAGAUAACACUUAAAAAUAUCAUUAAAAGUGUCAUUGAGCACACACUUGAGACUGGGCUUAUCAUUACAAGUACAGUAUGCGAUCAAAGCCCAGUUAAUGUUGGAGCGAUUACUGAAUUAAUUAAUGAAACAAGAGCUUCAUACUUUUGGCGCAACAAAAAUUGGAAUAAAGACAUGUUCCGUGUUAAAAAUCAAAAUAUAAUUCCAUUAUAUGAUACUCCACAUCUAAUAAAAGGAAUCAGAAAUAAUAUAAUCACAAAAGAUUUAAUAUAUACCAUAGAUGGCCAAGAAAAAAUUAUCAAGUGGGAAUAUUUCCAAUUAGUGUAUAAUGCAGACAAGUCUUACAAAGAGUUGCGUCUCCUCAAUAAAUUAACUGAAGCACAUGUGAUUCCCGAAAAAAUUAAUAAAAUGCGGGUCAAAUCAGCAACACAGUUAUUUAGUCACAGUGUUGCUGUAGUGACUGAACAUUUAACAGCAAGAGGUGACCUUCCUAAUGAAUGCCGACAAUUAAUAGAUUUUAUUUUGUUACUUGAUAAUCUGUUUGAUUCAUUAAAUGUUAGCAGUUUAUCUGUUGAAAAUGGUAAAAUUUAUAAAGGGUCUAUUAAACGCAAUUCACCUCAUCAUCAAUUAUGGCAAAAAGCUAAAGAAAUAUUAAAAACCACAAAAUAUAUUAAGAAAGUUAGAUUUGGAGAUAAAACGAGAUUGACAGAAACUAUUGCACCAUCUAUAACAAAUUUAAUUAAAACUGUAGAGGGUAUAGAAUCUCUUUGGAAGUUAUUGUCUAGAAAAUAUGGCAUUGAUGCAAUGUUGACAAGAAAUUUCAACCAAGACCCUAUAGAAAACUUUUUCGGGAAUAUCAGGAGUUAUGGUGUUAGAAACAUUGCUCCAAAUACUGUCUCAUUUGAGGGGGCCUUGAAGGCUUUGAUGAUAAAUAAUUAUAGUGAGCCCCAUUCAAGUGGAGCAAAUUGUGAAGAAGAUCACAAUGAGUGUCUUCAAAGUUUGGACUUCUUCCUUAAAGAUAAGAACAUAAUAACUCCUGAUAUCCCUGAUACUAAUGAUACUAUUCAUUUUAACAGUGAAAUUUGCUUUGACCAAUCCAAUGAAAUUGACGCUGGUCAAAGCAAUUAUGUCUGCGGAUGGGUUUUAAAGAGAUGCCUUAAAUUUAUAAUAAAAGGUUGUCAACAUUGCAAACAAACAUUGUUUGAAAAUGAUAUAUCAAAUGACAAUAAUUCAUAUAUCUAUGCCAAAGAGUACAUGAAUAAAAAUGGCUGUGCUAUCCUAAUAAAGAAGUGGAAUCGUAUUUCAAAGAAAUCCAGAAUA